AUGAAGACAUUCUCUUUUGCCUUUUUAGGCGCAUUAGCUACUGCUGCAUCUGCUUCAUCCGAUCUUCUCUUGGAGAAAGUCGGCAAGCCUGACUUCGGUGGUCAAUUUGGUCCUUCUCUGAAAGUAGAGCAUCUCUUCUACGAUCUCUUCCCAGCCGGUGUGGCUGUCACACAAUCUGGAAGAAUGUUCUCUACAUUCCCACGCGGUCCUGGAAACAACUACACUCUGGCUGAGUUGGUCAAUAUCGGGAUGGACGAGGCUUUUCCUUCUUUGGAAGCAAACACCCUCCCUGCAUUACAAAAUGCUUCUAACCCUGGCUACUCCGCUUCUUACGACGACCUGCUCGUUAGUUGUCAGGGAAUCGUAGUCGAUGCGAUGGACCGUUUGUGGGUAUUAGAUACAGGACGCGCAAGUGGAGCACAGCUACAGCCAUGGGGAAGCAAGUUAUUGGCUUACGAUACUGGUAAAGAUGCAUCCACCGAGCCUGUCGAGAAAAUCAUUCUAUCCCCAGAUGUCGCCUUCCCAAGCACCUAUCUCAACGACUUGCGUAUAGAUCUCUCAAAGAAUGACAAAGGUGUUGUCUAUAUAACUGAUUCUUCAGAUGAAGGAAGAACGGGUAUGAUAGUAGUAGACAUAGCCACCGGCGAGGCAUGGCGUCACCUCGAUAUCCACCCAUCCACACGUCCAGACACAGAUGCCAUUUUCUCAUUCAAAGGUCAAUCCGUUUAUGCCACUUCGGACACCAACAAAGGGUUCUGGACGACAGGUAUUGAUGGAAUUGCACUAAGUGCAGAUGGCGAGUGGAUAUACUACACACCCAUGACUUCUCGCAAGGUAUACAGAGUCCCAAGUGAGAAGCUGCGCACAAAGCCAAGUACUUUAAACACAAACGCUAAACAUGCCGCGGAUGCAGCAGUCGAGUUCCUCGGUCAGAAGGGUAGCUGCAACGAUGGUAUGGAGACCGACAGUAACGGGCUCAUAUAUUUCGGCGCACCCGAACAAGAUGGCAUACAAACCUACGAUCCAUCUACUGGAUUAUUUGGAGACUUAAUCCACAAUCACCACAUCACAUGGCCUGAUACUCUCUCUAUUGCGGACCACAAGCUCUAUUGGAUUGAUAACCAAUUCUAUCUUCAGGACAGGUUCUGGAAUGGUACUGAUAGGACGGUCAAGCCAUACACACUUUACAGUAUCGAUAUUAAUGCUACGUCAGUACACAUGUAA